AUGGCUAAUAGCAUAAAUAAACUGGAGCAAGGCAAUGCGGCUUACACCAAAAUCAAGCUGUACGAAUGGACGCGCCAUGAAAUACUCAUGGCAACAACUGAGGCAGUCUUUGGGCCAAAAAACCCUUACCGAGAUCCUGUUGUUGAAUCUGCCUGGAGAAUUUUCGAACCAUCUUACCUCUCCAUCGCCCUCUCCCCCCUCAAGCCCCUCACUUCUCCCAAGGCAUUUCAAGCUCGUGAAGUUCUCGCCAUGUCUUUCGUGUCUUACCUUAAGAACAACGGGCCCGAAACUGCGUCAGAUUUCAUCCGCGCUGCACACACCCACCACGUCUCUUAUGGCUUCACUACCGAAGACCUAGCACGUUUUGAGAUCGGGCAUACGCACGCUAUCAACGGGUCUACGGCUCCGACCACGUGGUGGCUUCUUUGGCAUCUCUAUUCAGAUCCGGCUGUGUUGAGUGAAGUGAGGGAGGAAUUGGAGAGAUUGGUCGUUGAUACCUCUGAUCCCUAUGUCGAAAAGACGAGAACUUUGGAUCUAUCACUCCUCCCCACGCACGCUCCUGUACUCCACAGCACCCUCAAGGAGACUCUCCGCUUCCGAACCAUGGCUGCGGCCGUCCGCCUUUGUCUUGAGGACCAUCUACUUGACGGAAAGUAUCUUCUGAAAAAGGGGGGACUGGUCAUCGUACCGCAGCCGUUACACCAUUCGUCCACUUCAGCUUGGGGAGAGGACGUUGAACGUUUUAAUCACCGUAGGUUUAUACUGGGAAGUGUAGAAGCAGGAAGGGAAAAUGGGUCGAAUAAAAGAAAGGCGUAUGACAGAGCAGCAUUCCUUGCAUUCGGCGGGGGCCAUACAUUAUGUCCAGGUCGACACUUCUCGACGAUUGAGAUCUUAGCUUUUGUGGCGAUGAUGGUGUUGAAAUUUGAUGUUGAGCCAGCGAUAGGGGACAGAUGGGUAGAACCGAAAUGGGAGAGGACACCCAUGAUGGCAUCCUUACAGAUCCCAGACGAAGAUAUAGAGGUUAAGGUCAGAGCGCGGGAUAAUGAUGGAAGGCGGUGGCGUUUUAUUGGUCGAGGAGACUGA